AUGAUAGGAAUUAUAGGAAAUAGGACCAAGAAAUGGGGUGAAGAAAGCUUUGUUGUGGGAGUGUCAGUAGCUCCUGCAUCACUUCCACAGAAUGAUUUCUAUUGUAUUAUGAACAAUGUGAUUUUGUGGAACCCAAUCAUCAAGAAGUCAUUGACUCUUCCAUUGCCAAGAACUUCAACUAAUUGGCUUCAAGGUCCAGCUAGUCAAGUUAUUGGAUUUGGGUUUGAUCCCAAAACUAUAGAUUAUAAGGUGUUGAAAUUGACCUAUUUUGAAGAGGGUCUUGAUUAUUUUCUCUUGAAAAAACCCCCUUUCAUUGAGCUUUACUCACUUCGUUUGGGUUCUUGGACAGACAUUGGUGUUGUUGCACCUAUGUGCCUCGUACAUUAUAAUUCAUCUCAAGCUUUCGUUGAUGGAACCAUCAAUUGGGUCCCGGUUGAUAAGAAUAGGUCUAAUGCUUUGAUUUUGUUAUUUGAUUUGAGGGAUGAGGUAUUUGGAGAGUUGAAUUUGCCGGAAAGUCUUGUUAAAGUGAAUCCUUUGACAUUGUCUAUUGCAGAAUUUAGGAAGUCAGUUGUUGUGUGCCAUGAGCCUUACAUUUCUUCUAGUAAAUGUUUUGUAUGGGUGAAGGAGUAUGUUGUCAACAAAGGUGGGGUUUUUAGUCCUUCAUAUGCAGCUAAACUUGGAUUCCUUUGA